UACAUUUGUAUUUAUUAUCGACGAUUCUGAGACCUCGCAAAAAUAGAUUUAGCCUCCAUCCAAUAGACUGUCUAUAUCUCAGUUUUGCAGAGUCUCUACACCUCAAACUUCUAAGACCUCGCAAAAUAGAUUGGUCAGCUAGUGGGCGCGCUACAUACACACGCACACACACACACGCACACACACACAGGAAUUUACUUUCAUCCAAACAGACCAGCGCUGAAUCACUGCAAUGAUGCUGUGGCUCGUCCUACCGGCCUGAGACCACAAUAGGCUACAAGACACAAACCGACCGGCUAAUGUGCUGAUCAUAUAUAUGUUUUCAGGGUCCUGCAUGCGUUGCUUUCAUUAGGGUCCUAACAACAGAGGAAGAAUUUAUAUUUUGUUUAAUCCAGAAACUGAGAUUUUUGACGUGGGAAUCUGCCAGAUAGGCUACGCAGGCAUGACUGACACCACGGAAGUCCGCGCAGUCCCAGCCAAAACCAUGAUGUCGCCUCCUGCAGCUGAUCGACGUAUCCAUAACAACAGCCAAGCCUCACCGGUGCGUCAGCCAAGCAGCCAGGGCAGCCCCACAGCAACCAAACUGACUGAAACACUGACCCCGCCCCCUGAGAGACGUGCACUAGUCAAUGGCCAUGCUUCGCCUGUGAGGCUUCUGACCAAUGGCAAUGGCCAUUCUGCUAGGCUGGGUAACAGAAGUGUGACGGAGGGCUACUUGAAGACAGAUGACCGCAUGAGAAUGGCCAGAGAGAGACGAGAGGAACGAGAAAAAGGCCUGGCUGCAAGAGAGGAGGCCCUGAGAGAGAAGGAGAGGAGGGCGCGCCUCCUCUAUGAGAAGCAGCUAGAGGAGAGGUGCAGGAAGUUGGAGGAGCAGCGCAGGAAAGAAGAGGAGAGGAGAGCCGCCGUGGAGGAGAAGAGGAGGCAGCAGCUGGAGGAGGAUCAGGAGCGACUGGAGGCUUUACUGAGGCGAUCACUGGAGAGGAGCCUACAGCUGGAACAUCAGCAGAGACACCGGCAACGCUGGGGUGACCCUGAGAAUGCCCCACCCCCUUUGCUUGCUGGCUCCUCCCUCCCAGCUGCAUCUGGUGACACAGGCAACGCUCCUGCCAGCCCUCACCGCUCUCCCUAUCGGGGGUCUCCUAGGCGCCGCCCCCCACCCCCUCAACCAACAACAGGUGAUGAGAGCCCAGCGCUUACUGCUCCCAACACCCCCAAGCGGGAGCGACUGAGGAUGGAUCGGAGGGGAGGCUCCCCCAUCAGACGCCCCGAGUCUCCUGCUCUGGCCCGACGCUCCGCCUCUCCAGCAACGCCUAAGUUGACUCCUAAACAUCACAACUAUCCAUCAUCUCCAAUGAGGCAGCGUCCUAUAACACCUGUAACUGAGCCAUCAUCUCCGAUGAGGCAGCGUCCCACAGCACCUUUCACUGAGCCAUCGUCUCCGAUGAGGCAGCGUCCCAUAGCACCUCUCACCGAGCCAUCAUCUCCAAUGAGGCAGCGUCCCAUAGCACCUGUAACUGAGCCGUCAUCUCCAAUGAGGCAGCGUCCUCUAGCACCUGUAACUGAGCCGUCAUCUCCAAUGACGCAGCGUCCCAUAGCACCUGUAACUGAGCCGUCAUCUCCAAUGAGGCAGCGUCCUCUAGCACCUGUAACUGAGCCGUCAUCUCCAAUGAGGCAGCGUCCCACAGCACCUGUUACCAAUGGCAGGCAGAGAAGUGAUUCCUCGGCAGCCAAGAGCAGCGUAGAGAAGGCGGGAAUGAAUCCAACCUCAGCCAGUCAGACAUCAAACGAGUGUGCAGAGGAGGAGAAACAACAGAGAGAAAAAGAGGCUCAGGCACAGAUGGAGAGAAAGGAGGAAUUACAGAAAGAGGAAGAAAGACACAAAUUGGAAGAGCAGGAAAGACAGCAGAGGAAGAAGAGAAUUGAGGAGAUUAUGAAACGUACCCGCAAAGGCGACAGUGACAUCAAGGUGAACGAUGCUGGGUCAGAGACGAAGGAGGCAAAUUCGACUCCACCAAUAACUAAUGGCAUCCAAACAAAGCAGGAAAUUACCUCAGAGGUCAACAGAAGCCCGGCCAGAGCCUCCCCCACCCCACUCAACGGCCCCACAGGCACAACUGAGGUCAGUGAAUGCAAUCCAAAGACCAACAACUCCUCCCCAAUGAUCAGUGGGAGCAUUAAAUCAGCAGUCCCUCCUCCGAAGAACAAGGACAGCCCCAUCAAGGACAGCCCAGUCACAACACAGACCACUCCCACAAAUAACAAGGACAGACCCAUUACAUCACAGGCCCCUCCCACAAAUAUCAAAGACAGCCCGAUCACAUCAUCAGCCCCUUCCCCAAAGGACAGGCCUGUCACAACACAGGCCCCUCCCACGAAUAAUAAGGAUAACCCUGUCACAACACAGGCCCCUCCCACGAAUAAUAAGGAUAACCCUGUCACAACACAGGCCCCUUCCACAAAUAACAAGACCAGUCCCAUCCCAUCACAGACCCCUCCCACAAAUGGCAAGGACAGCCCCAUCACAUCACAGACCCCUCCCACAAAUAGUAAGGACAGCCCCAUCACAUCACAGGCCCCUCCUCCAAAAAGGGACAUCUCUGUCACAUUGCAGACCCCGCCCCUAACGAAUGACACCCCCCAAGACGGCAGAAAAUUGCAGCUCACCACCUCAACUAUUCAGGGUGGACAGACUGAGGCUGGCCAGGCUACUGUUUCAGCAACCCCUAAGGUUACAAUUACUUCAACAACAGCGAGUAAAACUAGAGUAGUUGCCAUGGCAAACAAGUUGGACAGCAAAGAGAAUGGGCCAAGGCUCUCUGUGUUGCCACGACAACCCAGUGUCCAGCUGGACGGAGUAGAAGGAGUCCCAAAAGAGGAGCCCCAGUCCAUGGAUGUGAGCCCCGUCUCUAAGGAUGACCUCGUCUCCAUCCCAGAGUUCUCUCCUCUGCAGGAAGAGGCAGGAUUAACCCACACCAACACUUCCUGUCUAAGCUCCUCCCCAACCAGAGCCCUUCUUGAUCUUCUGGACCUCACCGGACAUGUGGCAUAUCCAUGCCCUGUUACCACAGUAACCAUUGCUAUGUCUAGCUCCUCUACUACGUCCACGGUAAACAAUCAGGCUGGUGACUGUAACCGUAACCUUGUGACGUCCUCAGUGACAUUGUCGUGUUCUACCAGUGAUCAGAAGCAUCAAAAUCAAUCUCGGCCAAUCCCGUCACCAAUAAAGCCCAUAACAACACCUCUGCCAGCUGUCGCCAUAAGGGAUGGAGGAACUACAGCAUUACAAGGCAGAGGCAAAGUGGAUGCUUGAAGAACUAUGCAGUGACUUGAUGACCACUCCAAUGUGUGCGUGUUUGGUAGAGCUGAGGGAGUGUGUUUGUGUGUGUGUGAGAGAGAGAGAAUGAGAGAGACAGAGAGAGAGAGAAUAUUUGUGUGUAAGAUAAGGAACUGUAUCUGAGUGUUGAGGGACCUCUAGGUGCAGUUGGGACAAAAAUGCAGGAUAUUUUUGUUUUCCUUUUCCCUCUGAGUCUAGUUUCUCUGAAUGUAGUCCCUUUGACUUUCCCUCUGAAGAAAUUGCUCGUUAUUUGCCUUCAACUUACCCUGCAAUGUGUUUGUUUUUAGGACUUUAUGACACAAUUUAUUAUCCAACAAAAUCAUGAAUGACCAUCCACAAGCGAAUGUAAAAGAAAGAAAGCCUGAUUGCUUAAGUUACUUUUAUACAGAUCAGACCAUGUCUAUUGUCCUAUAAUGUCUACUCAAAAAAUGAGGCCAUCCUUAAAAAUAUUUUCGUUUGCCGUAACCCGACCGACCCUGUCAAUUUAGAACCGACCCAAAUAUUAAUUUUUUUCCCCUUUUAGUCCGACCGACUUGCCGGUUGUAA